AUGAAUACUCCAGGAAAUUUACCAACUACAUCGCCAACAUCUUCAUCGCCUUCAUCGGCUGCCGUUUCAACAACAAAUCUCGAUAAACAUGAACCCGAUCCAGAUGCAAUUAAGAUGUUUUGUGGACAAAUUCCGCGUAAUAUGCACGAAGCAGAAUUACGUGAUAUGUUUGAACAGUUUGGUCCUGUCUUUCAACUGAAUGUUCUACGUGACAAACAAACUGGUGAAUCCAAAGGUUGUUGUUUCGUUACGUUUUAUUCGCGAAAAUCAGCAUUAGAUGCACAAAAUGCUCUUCAUAACUUGCGUACUUUGAAUGGAAGUCAUCAUCCCAUACAAAUGAAACCUGCUGAUACAGAAAACCGAAAUGAACGAAAACUAUUUGUUGGAAUGGUCUCAAAAAACCUUGAUGAGCCAAACAUUCGUUCACUUUUCCAAUCGUACGGAACGAUCGAAGAUUGUACAGUAUUACGAGAUGCUAAUGGCAAAAGUCGAGGAUGUGCAUUCGUAACAUUUCAAAAGCGACAAUGCGCUUUGAAUGCAAUCAAAUCAAUGCAUCAAUCUCAAACAAUGGAGGGCUGUUCAUCUCCUUUGGUAGUAAAAUUCGCUGAUACACCCAAAGAUAAAGAAACCAAAAAGAUUCAACAGCAAUUUUCUACACAUAACAAUGGUUUGAUGCAGCAGUUUCCUCCCGGAGCUUCGAUGCCUAAUCCACAACACAUGAACACGUAUAACUUUCUACCUGAAAUAGGUAAUUUAGUAUUUUUACAGCAAUUAUUCAAAAGUUAUGGUUUUCUUGGAAACAACGGUACAGCAAUAAAUUUUGGGGCAUUAAACAAUCUUUUGCAAAUGUUUUCCAACAAUGUGAACUUAAAUGGGAAUAAGCCAUCUCUUUUACCACCACCACAGGGUCCUGGUACUUCAACAAAUAUGAAUUUGAGUUCACAGCAUGGUAGUACUCAGUCGUUAAAUGUUCAAGAUCAACAGCAUACACUUACUUCACCUCGCGCACCUGCUGCCAAUGCUAACAACGGUACAUAUAGUAAUGAAACGUCAUUACUUAUGUGUGGAGCCGGUCCGUACAAUAACAGCGGUCCUAAUCCUAACAAUGCAUCUGGACCACCAGCCUCUCAUCAUAACCAAAAUGGUGCUUUGACACCAUCAGUUGCUACAUCUGGAACCAAUCCAUAUACGCCGGCAAUGCCAUCACUCUAUACAAAUACCGGAAAUCCGUUAACCAAUGGAGGCGCAGAUGCUCAUCAUAAUUUACAAAAUCUUGUUGCUAUGUCACAAGUGAACAAUGGAGGUAUGCUCCCAACAAAUAUGCAUCCAAGUCCAACUACGAAUUCCUCGACUGCACCACAAGCUUCGUUUCCUGUUUUCCCAUCACAAUCCUAUAUCACUUCGCAAGUCGCUGGCAAACAUAUUGAAGGCCCCGAUGGUGCUAAUCUAUUCAUUUACCACCUUCCACAAGAAUACAAUGAUACAGAUCUAGCACAAGCUUUUGCACCUUAUGGGCCAAUCAUAUCCGCUAAAGUAUUCGUUGAUAAAACAACAAAUCGUAGUAAAUGUUUCGGUUUUGUGAGCUUUGAUAAUCCAGCAUCAGCUCAAGCAGCGAUUAAUCAAAUGAAUGGUUUUCAAAUAGGGAUGAAACGACUUAAAGUUCAAUUGAAAAAGCUGCGAAAUGAGACAAGUAACACCAGUAACAUCAAUAGCCCCAGUCCAAAUCAAACUCAGACAGCAGCUAGUAAUAGUCCUAACAACCAUAAUGGAAAUUCACCCACAACGUCAAAGAAAUCCACAUAUUAA